AUGGCAAGGGUACUAUGGAAUUCGGACAUUGAUGUAUAUAAUACAGCCGUCAUGCCUUUGCCUGUGGCCCGGGGAAUAUCGAAGUACCUAGAUAUUCCUGAUCUUCUCCAAUUCGCCUUUGUAUCCAAGAAUGCCAAUCGAGCUGCGUCGGAUUCUAAGCUUUGGGUCAAGAAGCUUGACUUGAUGGGAGUGUGGGAGAGUGGUGUUGAAUUAUCUCUUGAGGAGUCGAAAUCUUGUACUUUUGAACAGUUCAAUGACCCAUUGUUGUGUCUUUCUCGCAUUUAUAAGGUUCCACGCCUAGCCAAAAUACAGCUACUUCAUAUCCGCAGGUGCCUAGACGAAUACUACAAGGAUCUACAGUCCAAUGUGGCUUUCGAAAGGCUCAAAGUAUUUAAAAAUUUCCACACUCCCGAAGAUCAAGCGCGUAUAUUGACGAAUCUCCUCAAGUACAAUUGUGUGGAUGUGGAUGAUUCUUCUCGCACUCUUGUGCGCCAGAAGGUGACAGAUUUGCUUGAAAUUUUUGAAAAUGCUUUGCUUAAGGAGCUCGAGAUCCAUUUUGACAUCCAAGAUUAUGAAAAAACUAGCCAGUUUGUCAAGAUCUUAAUUAAUUUGCAAAAUGACCAACCUCUCAUCAACUUUUUCCUUCAGAAAACAUGUUAUGACAACGAAAACAUCCGAUUUUUGAAUGCCGAGAGUUUUUCGGCGGAUCUGUUCUUCUUAACCCUGGAACCUGUACCUGGUGUGGAGGCCGAAGAAGACGAACCGAAGGUUUACUUGGUCAAUGAUAAAAAGGUUGAAGAAUUUGCCACAGAGUUGGCAUCAGUUUUUAAUCAUUUAUCUGGUGUGAUUGAUCUCAUUUUCACACAGGCAAUUCCCAUGAUGUACAAGAUCAGCGAGGAGCUUAUUACAACACAACUACUAGAGAUAGUUCAUGUCCUUACGAAUGCUGCCAAACAAAAAGGAUUGUUUCUUCAUAUGACAACACUACUAUACCGGAUGCUUACUGUAAAGUUCAUCGAGCUAUUGAAGCCUUGUGAGAAUGUUGGGGACCUGUAUUUCAAUCUCUUGCUAGGUCUCAUCGAUGUCUCGUACGAAUCAUACGCGACAGAAUAUAUCAAUGAGGAAAAAUUAUUUUUCAGACUGCUUUGUGAGGAUCGCGUUGCUCUGUGGAAGAAGCAGGUAGAGCAGAAGGAAGCAGAGACAUCUGAAAGCAUUUUGAAGAAGGUAAAAGUUGAGUCAAAAUCCGAUUUUCUUACCAAUUUCCGAAAAGUGUUCACGAUAUCCAGUAGCGCUGAUAAAGCCGAUACGACUGAAAUUGUCGAGCCCAAUUUUUCUGUCCUUGAGGCCAAAGCCCAAAUUUUGGCAGAAAAUAUCAAAUUAAUCAACAAAGUAUUUAGUGCCGAUAUGACACUUGAUAUCUUAAGAGAAGCCAGAGCUUCGCUGGACAGAUUGCUCACGUUUAAAGGUUUCACCAUUAACACUGUACAAGUGGAGGUUUACACAACUAUUCAAGAGGAGUUUAUUGCGGUGCUAGACAUCUUGGGUAAUGAGCAUCUCAAAACUGGAUUUGAUAGGGCAUUAAAGUAUUUGAAGAACUACAACCCGAAGAGUCUUGGCGAAAUGAGUCAAGAAUCUUCCAUUGCAAGUGUGAUUGACCCAUUAGUUGUAUUCUUUGAGCUGAUCAAUACUGCAGAUUUAAUCGUGCAAAUGUUGGAUAUAUUCUACAAGGAAGAGAUUAUAAAUAAGAAUAUCGUGCGCCACGAAAAUUCUAUUCUCAAUCCGUCACUUCAGGCUAAACGAAAUUUAGAAGCUAUGGUCGAUAAGUAUGUCGCAGACGGAUUGAAUAUUGGAAUUGAUGUUCUUUUCGGCGAGAUCAGUACAUGUUUUGAGGUUGGCGUUCAAGAUGCUGCUUAUAACACAAAAGGUGAAUACGCCCCGGACGGUCCAACUAUGGCUGCACAGAAGGCGGUUCACAUACUUGAACAGAACAUCGAUCUUCUUGUUGACUCAGCCGAUAAGUCUGUCGUGGAGAUUUUUCAACAAGAAGUUGCAGAAAGAUUUUUCCAAGCAAUCGUGAAACUGAUGAAACAAUCGACCAUAUCAGAGCAAGGUGCUAUAACGCUUAUUUCAGACCUAAAUUUGUUCUACGAUUUCAUUACUAAUCAUAUCAAAAGCAACAAAAGAAUGGUCUAUCCUCUCUUUGAGGCUCUUAAAAAAGUGGGAACAAUUUAUUUAAUCAGUGGAGAGGAUUCCAAGGCAAUUGGACAGCUUGUGAGUGACUUGUCCAAAUUCAAUGGUAUUUUUAGUCAAGAAGAAAUUUAUGAGUUUGUUCAAAGGCGACAAGACUGGCCUCUUAUCAAGAAGCAUGUGGAGAAGGUGAUGUACGGAUUGAGCUUGGUUGAUUGUACAAUUAUGUGA